AUGAUGAAUGGACAUCACUCAGGUCCUCUUGAUGGGAAAUAUGACCUCAAACUCAGAGAAACCGAAUCGGGUUUGGCCGUUAGGCUGGUGAACGGAGGUGAAACGUGUCAGGGCCGGGUGGAGGUCCAGUACCAAGGCUCCUGGGGCACCGUGUGUGAUGACGACUGGGACACCAAGGACGGCGACGUGGUCUGCAGGCAGCUGGGCUGUGGCUGGGCCUUGUCAGCUCCAGGAAGUGCCAGUUUCGGACAGGGCUCAGGACUGAUUGUCCUCGAUGACCUGGGCUGCUCAGGAAUCGAAACCUACCUGUCGAGCUGCCCACACAAUGGCUUUAAGUCAAGUAACUGUGGACACAGCGAGGAUGCCAGUGUCAUCUGCACAGCUGCCCCGCCCCAGUCCACGCUCAUUCCAGUGUGGAUGUUUUCCACAUCCUGGUACAGUGACUUUUCCUGUCUUCUUCCAGGAACCAAAAGGCAUUUGGAUCUGAGGCUGGUGAAUGGAGGUGACAGGUGUCAGGGCCGGGUGGAGAUCCUGUACCAAGGCUCCUGGGGCACCGUGUGUGAUGACGACUGGGACACCAAUGAUGGAAACGUGGUCUGUAGGCAGCUGCGCUGUGGCUGGGUCACGUCAGCCCCAGGAAGUGCCCAUUUUGGUCAGGGCUCAGGGCCAAUUAUCCUCGAUAACCUGGACUGCUCAGGUCAGGAGACCUACCUGUGGAGCUGCCUCCACAAUGGCUGGAAGGUAAACAACUGUGGACACGGCGAGGAUGCCAGUGUCAUCUGCUCAGAUGCCUGGUCCCAGUCCACACUCAUUCCAGAAACGAAAUCAGAUUUGGCUGUGAGGCUGGUGAAUGGAGGUGACAGGUGCCAGGGCCGGGUGGAGGUCCUGUACCGAGGCUCCUGGGGCACCGUAUGUGAUGACGACUGGGACACCAAUGACGCCAAUGUGGUCUGCAGGCAGCUGGGCUGUGGCUGGGCCUUGUCUUCUCCAGGAAGUGCCUGGUUAGGUCAGGGCUCAGGGCCUAUUGUCCUGGACAAUGUGGACUGCUCAGGACAUGAGUCCUACCUGUGGAGCUGCCCCCACAAUGGCUGGAACUCCCACAACUGUGGACACAGCGAAGACGCCAGUGUCAUCUGCUCAGCUGCGUGGCCCCAGUCCACGCUCAUUCCAGAAACCAAAUCGGGUUUGGCUGUGAGGCUGGUGAAUGGAGGUGACAGGUGCCGUGGCCGGGUGGAGGUCCUGUACCAAGGCUCCUGGGGCACCGUGUGCGACGAUGACUGGGACACCAAUGAUGCGAAUGUGGUCUGCAGGCAGCUGGGCUGUGACCCGGCCUCGUCAGCCCCAGGAGGUGCCCUGUUUGGUCAGGGUUCAGGGCCGAUUGUCCUGGACAAUGUGGGCUGCUCAGGGCAUGAAACCUACCUGUGGAGCUGCCCCCACAAUGGCUGGAACUCCCACAACUGUGGACAUGACGAGGAUGCCAGUGUCAUCUGCUCAGAAACUGAAUCGGGUUUGGCCCUGAGGCUGAUGAAUGGAAAUAACAGGUGUCAGGGCCGGGUGGAGGUCCUGUACCAAGGCUCCUGGGGCACCGUGUGUGACGACGACUGGGACAUCAGUGACGCCAACGUGGUCUGCAGGCAGCUGGGCUGUGGCAGGGCCACGUCAGCUCCAGGAAGCGCCCGGUUUGGUCAGGGCUCAGGGCCGAUUGUCAUGGAUGAAGUACACUGCUCAGGAAACGAGACCUACCUGUCGAGCUGCCCCCACAGGGGCUGGAACUCCCACAACUGUGGACAUCAUGAGGAUGCCGGUGCCAUCUGCUCAGCUGCCCGGCCCCAGUCCACGCUCUUUCCAGAUGUCGAAUCGGAUUUGGCCGUGAGGCUGGUAGAUGGAGGUGACAGGUGCCAGGGCCGGGUGGAGGUUCUGUACCAAGGCUCCUGGGGCACUGUGUGUGACGAUGGCUGGGACAUCAGUGACGCCAACGUGGUCUGCAGGCAGAUGGGCUGUGGCUGGGCCACAUCAGCCCCAGGAAAUGCCCAUUUUGGUCAAGGCACAGGGCAAAUUCUCUUGAACAACGUGGGCUGCUCAGGGCAUGAGACCUACCUAUGGAAGUGCUCCCACGGGGGCUGGAACUCCCACAACUGUGUACACAGCGAGGACGCCAGUGCCAUCUGCUCAGAAGUCAAAACGGGUUUCGCCGUGAGGCUGGUGGAUGGAGGUGACAGGUGCCAGGGCCGGGUGGAGGUCCUAUACCAAGGCUCCUGGGGCACCGUGUGUGAUGACGACUGGGACACCAAUGACGCCAACGUGGUCUGCAGGCAGAUGGGCUGUGGCUUGGCCACAUCAGCCCCAGGAAAUGCUCAUUUUGGUCAAGGCUCAGGGCAAAUUGUCAUGGACAACGUACGUUGCCUAGGAAAUGAGACCUACCUUUCGAGCUGCACCCACAAUGGCUGGAAGUCCCACAACUGUGGACAUGGUGAGGACGCCAGUGCCAUCUGCUCAGCUGCCCGGCCCCAGUCCACGCUCACUCCAGAUGCCAACCCGUAG